AUGGGCCAGCGACCUAAGCAGAUCGGCAACAGCCCAUCGUCCCGAUCUUCGGACGAUGGGAUCCGGCCUGGUGACAAGCCCGUCGUCUCCCUGCCGUCUUGGGCCCUCUCUGCCACGGCCAACACCAAGCACCUCUCCCAGCCGUGGAAAAGACACUAUGGGUCGGAGCCCGACGACCCCAACUUCGCCGUUGAGAAGGACACUGUCGUCUACUACGACCGCAGAAUCAAGGUCUGCUACAGCGAGGGGUCCAUGGCCGCAUAG